GUGGCUUUAGCGCUUCAGCACACUCGACACGUGGUUGUUCUUUGUGGCCGUCGACGUUUCCAGUGGCCCACUCAAGGAAAGGAGAUAAAAAGAAGUCGCAAGACUGCGAUGACUCGCCUAUCUCUAUCUUCCGCUCCAACACUAAAUCUUCCCGCAGCGACUUAUUCGACUUGCAUCACUAAUGUCCGACAGCACAAGAAAUACGCAUGGGCCAUCUAUCAAGCCAGUAGAGAGGACGCAUGGUUAUCCCCCUCCUUCUUCCUCAGAGUCCGACGAAACGAAAGCGUCAGACUUCAUUUUUGUCGCGCCGCGUAUGGGCUUCCGGGAUAGACGUCUAGCCCGCCAAUCCAAUCUACGAGAGUGCGAAGUCACCGAGUUUGGCGAUGCCAGCCAUACCCCAGCCUCAGAUCCUAUCUCGAGAUUGCCUUCUAGUAGAUCCACAACCUCUUCGAAGCUUCGUAGACGUUUGUGGCUUCGCUUCCGGAGAUCGGAACCUGAUAACAAGGAAGGGCAAACUAAAGUCCCGCCAAUAGUUGUUCCUUCAUGGCGCUGGAAAGCCACGCCGCAAACGGUUCUGGUACGAGAUGAGACAGAGUUCAGCGUAACUUGUACGAUCGUCCACCCUGUUUCACGACUUCGAAUACGCCGCCCUUCAUCCAAGCUAUGGUCAAGCCUCACUCGCGCCGUGUCGUGCUUCUGCUUCAAACGUAAAAAUAGGACACAGGACGAAACAAACGGAAAAGGGCCCGCAAAAGCCAAGAAACAAUGGAGUGCAUUCCGAGGCGGUGUUGCAGUCGAACAAGACAUAUUUGAUGACUCUAUGAGCCUCGUCGUUCCUCCGUCGCCUUCCCCUGUUCGUCAGCCACAAGCUUGGGGACGCAUGCAGAUACUGUCAGACGAAGAGCAACGCACCAGAGCCACACAUCGCAACUCCGGGUGGGCGGGUGUUUUCUCCAGCGACACAUCACAAACAACCUCCGACUUCACCUCUUCUGACGAUAACAGAGUGAGCUUCAUCAUUGAUCCGGCUCGGAAUGCGCUUGUCCUACCGGAAGUCGACAUCAGUGUUGCAUACCUUGUCAAGGAGGAGUCCGAGGACGACCACGGGGCGUUUGGACAUGUAACUCGAAAGGAUAUGACUUUUAAAACUGGCAGAACUUGUUCCCAGCUUCUUGAGGAUGACGGAGAAUACCGUCCAGGGUAUCCGUCGGUGGGGCAUUUUAGAUGGAGCGAAUUCAUAACUUAA